AUGCUUCGAACAGAUAAUAUAUAUCGUGGAACGAUUGGUGCAAAAUUUCCAUUUUAUGAUGAUGAAACUGCUGAUUUAUUGGCAAAAUUAUUGGGAGGAAAAAAGGAUGUGAAUAAAAUGCAAAUAAUUCACAUACUUAUGCAAAUUAAUAAUACACAACGACAAAUGAUUAAAACACCAUAUAAGAUAAGACAUAAUAGAGAUUUAAUGAUUGAUUUAACAAAUGAAUUCACCGGUGAUUAUAAAGAUAUCAUUAUUGCACUUAUGGAAACGCCAACCAAAUAUGAUACUUUGCAACUUAUCAAAGCAAUUAAUAAAACAGCUAUCAAUGAGCCUUUACUCAUCGAAAUUCUUUGUUUACGAACUGAUAUGGAAUUAGCUGCGAUCAAAAAUGAAUAUCAAAUUAUACUAGGAAAUAAACUGGUAAUUGAUAUAGCUACACGUAUAACUGGUGAUCUAAAAGAUAUUUUGUUGGCUGUUAUUCAGAAACCAAUUGCUGGAAAUAAUAAAAACGAAAUCAUUGAUAUGGAGAAAAUUAAACAAGAAGUGAAAGAAAUAUUGACAGAAAAGAAGAAAAUUGAUAAAACAGCAAUGAAAAAUAUCAUUGGAUCACUUCCAGCUUAUCAGUUGAAAAUUUUAACCGUCGAAUAUGCGGUACUUGCUGGACAUCAAAUCGAACAAGAUAUUGAAAAAUAUUUUAAUGGCCAUGCGAAGAAUGCAUUACUUGCAUUAAUUCAAUAUUCUCGAAAUAGCAAUUCAUAUUUUGCUGAUUUACUUAAUAACUUACUAAAGAAUCCUAGUGGAACAAGAGAUGGUGAUUUAAUUCGUUUGAUUAUUUCACGAUCUGAAAUUGAUCUUGCAACAAUCGCUGAAGCAUACGUGAAAAAUUACAAGAAAAAAUUAAUUGAUGAAAUUAGCAAAGAAUGUGAUGAAUCAUAUCGUGAUUGCCUAAUUGCUAUUAUUAAAGGUAAUAUGCAAAAUUUCAUUGCAAAAUAA